GCGAUGCUGGCGCUCGAGCUCCUGGGCUUGGCUUGGCUGGCCGGCGUGGCGCUGGGGCAGAACGAGACGGAGCCCAUCAUCUUGGAAGGCAAGUGCCUGGUGGUGUGCGAUUCCAACCCGGCCUCGGACCCGACGGGCACGGCGCUGGGCAUCUCGGUGCGCUCGGGCAGCGCCAAGGUGGCGUUCUCCGCCAUCCGCAGCACCAACCACGAGCCGUCGGAGAUGAGCAACCGGACUAUGAUCAUUUACUUCGACCAGGUACUAGUGAAUAUCGGACUCAACUUUGACUCGGAGCGGAGCACUUUCAUUGCGCCCCGAAAGGGGAUCUACAGCUUUAAUUUUCACGUGGUGAAGGUGUACAACAGACAAACCAUUCAGGUGAGCUUAAUGCUUAAUGGCUGGCCAGUGAUUUCUGCCUUUGCUGGGGACCAAGACGUCACCCGAGAAGCUGCCAGCAACGGGGUUCUGAUCCAGAUGGAGAAAGGAGACAGAGCAUAUUUAAAACUGGAGAGAGGAAACUUAAUGGGAGGCUGGAAAUAUUCCACCUUCUCCGGAUUUCUAGUAUUCCCUCUUUAA